AUGUCAUUAAGCGAUCAUCCCCGAGUAUACGGCACCGCGGCCUUAACAGUGGCCUUCCUUGCCGGUGUCCUAGUUACACUCGGUUUCAAGGAUCUCUACCCAGAACUCGAAGCGCGCUAUCAGCGCCGGAAAAAGCGUUAUGGCAGCAGAGCAGGACCCGAAGAGCACCGCGGCAGCUUUCUCUUUGGCCCCGUCACCCUCGAAGACCGUGAAGACUCCGUAAUGCUCGCCCGCUCCUGCGACAUCGUCGACGGCAUCGAGGGCACCAUCGGCAACACCCCUCUCGUCAGGAUCCGCAGCCUCUCGGAAGCCACGGGAUGCGAGAUUCUCGCCAAAGCCGAGUUCCUCAAUGGCGCGGGCGGCAGUCCCAAGGACCGUGUUGCCCUGAGCAUGAUCCAAGCCGCUGAAGAGCAGGGCCUCCUGUCCCCCGGCCGCGGCGACACCAUUUACGAGGGCACCGUCGGCAGCACUGGCAUCUCCCUAGCCGUCCUGGCCCGCGCCCGCGGCUACAAAUGCCACAUCUGCAUGCCUGACGACAUGGCGAUCGAGAAGUCUGACCUCCUGCACCACCUCGGCGCGACAGUCGAACGCGUCCCUCCCGCGCCAAUCACCGACCCCGGCCACUUCGUGAACCUUGCCCGCACCCGCGCUAAGCAGCACACCGCAUCCGACAGCCCCAGUAGGGGCUUCUUUGCCGACCAGUUCGAAUCCCAAGCGAACUACACUGCGCACGUGCGGACUACAGGACCCGAGAUCUACGCCCAGACGCGCGGGCAGCUCGACGCUUUCGUCGCGGGCGCCGGUACCGGCGGCACCAUUUCGGGCGUGGCGCGGUACCUGAAGCUGGAGGCUGGCCUGACCAGCGUGCGCGUGGUGCUGGCCGAUCCGCAGGGCAGCGGGCUGUACAACAAGAUUAGGUACGGCGUGAUGUACUCGUCGACAGAAAAGGAGGGUACGCGGCGACGGCAUCAGGUGGAUACGAUGGUCGAGGGAAUCGGUAUCAACCGGAUCACGGAGAACUUUGAGGCUGGGAGGAGCCUGAUUGAUGAUGCAGUGCGUGUGACGGACGAGCAGGCGUGCAAGAUGGCUCGAUGGUUGGUUGAGCAUGACGGAAUUUUCAUCGGGAGCAGCAGCGCGGUGAACUGUGUAGCUGCUGUGGUGACGGCAAUGAAGCUGCCUAAGGGGAGCCGGGUCGUGACCAUCCUGUGCGAUUCCGGUACCCGCCAUCUGAGCAAGUUCUGGAAGCAUAUCGCAGCGAUGGGGCUCGAGGGCGACAAGUCGGAUGAGCAGCAGAGGGAGGAGGAUCUGUUUGAGGUAUUGGGUAUCAACAAGAACAGCCUGAGGUAA